GCCAAUAGUUACGGAGAUUGAGAAGAGAAUCUUGACAUGCUCUUUCCCAUCGCUGCUUCAAGUCACGGCGGUGGCAGCGUUUGAGAUGCUUUCUAUUUUCAGGAUUUAAAAAGGAUUUACAUCGCAGGCGCUUUCAUCACAUUUUAGUGCGUGUGGCCUUUACCGUGGCCAUGGUACGAAAAAAGGCUCUUUGGCAAUAUAAGCAAAUCAACGACGGAUUAUUUUUGGAAAUGGGUUUUGCCUUCAGCUAUGACGGACUUUUUUUAUUCCACGCAGUUUGCAUCGCACAAAAAAGACGAUGUUAUUUUUCCAUAUUUCCCAAAUUAUGCAUGCAAAACGAUCCACAUCGGAAGUGUUUUUUUAGGACACAUUCGAAAAAAUCGGAAGGUAAUAUGAAACCGAAAGUGGGUGUUUCUAGAAAAGUCGUUUUUUAUGCAGUUAAUGGUUAUUUUUUCUGCUUGCUUGCUUCAUCCAAUGUUUUAUCUAUUUGCACACAAUAUGGAAAUAUUUUAUCGGGGAUUUUUUUCAUCACAUUCAGCCCUUUUCACAAGUAAAGUUCGAAUUAUUAUAAGCAUUUUCCAAAAGGACGCAUUCUUCUCUAUCAAGACACUCUGGCUUUGAAAGAAUAAUUCCAAAUAACUUGCUGAAUAAUUUGUACCAUCUUUGAUCCUACACCGUAUCUCCCAUCAUUCCACAUUCCCUCUUACCAGCUCUGCACCAUUUACAAACAAUCAUAAUUGAAAUGGCAUAACGAAUCUCGUGACAAAAUGAUUUGUGAUGCGACGAUUGAGUGAUGAUUUUAAUUUGCUCCGAAAAUAGUCAUGGCGAUUCAGAAUACGGAGCUACAGAGACACGACGGUAAACCAUGUCGAACGUGCUUAAAUGCAUUCGGGCGUGGCAUAUAAUCCUCGGCGCUUUCGUCAAACCUCAAACCCUUCGUUAUCAUCAUUACACUCAAUUAUGCUGUAACUUUGACCGGGGAAUACUAGGGGAAUCGAACGUUGAACAUUGUAAUUGAAACCAUUGCCAGGGUUAGCAGCCCUUUUUCAUGUCCUUUUCAUCGGUGUGGUUCUCCCUAGACCGAAAUAGCUGAGUUUUGCACGUAAAAUAAUUAAUGGAGCCAGAAAACAAAACAUCCUCAUCUCAUAAAAUGGUUUAAUGACGACAUUGGGCGUUAAGCUCCAAACAAUUCCACGCAAAAGAGGCCAACUCAUUGUUAUGUGCACUAAUAUCUUAAUUAAUAUUGACAUUUUAAGGCUGAUUUGUCCUAUAUAAUCCAUUUUUGGUAAUAAUUGACUUCAUUUUUAUGGUAUCGCAUACAUACGGAAACUACAAGAAGUAAUAAAUACCUUGUGAUAUCUAUAUAGAUGCGAAAUAUGCCUCCAGACAUUUUCCAGGACAGAGAUGCUUAUCGAAAUAUCACAACCUUCAUUUCCAUCACAUCCAAACCACUCACCCUUUUCUAACACCAUCAAAUAAACGAGAGGGAAAUGCAAAAGUACUUUGUUCAGCUUACUUAACGACCCCAACACCAAGGACUAGUAGGCCACGAGCAUGGCUGGUAACGAUUAGCCGGUUCCCGUGUGGGUUUGUUUUUGUCACUUUGAUUUGGCGUAAAACAGCUUACUGAUUCCGGAUCAGACGGGGUGGCGUACAGCCUUCGGGGUGUGUUUCUCAUUUUGUGACACAUUGUACAUUGCCGCCGGUAGUUGGUGGUAUUAACAAAAUACAUCGUGAUGCUGAGUGAGGUGACAAAUUGAAGUGUGGAAAUUAAUUUACUUCAUGAUUUUUAAAUUAAGUGAUUGGCUUGGCACCUUUUUACGACGAUUGGUUACCGUCUCCUGACACUGAAGGACACAAAUUAAGCUGUGUUAGAAAUUUUACUGACUUCCAGUGCUUCGAUCAAUAUCUUACUACUUCAGUCCCAAAAUCACAAACAGCAAACAAGCAAAACCUUUGUGCGCCUUCUGGUCCAACGGAAAUCUCCAGAACCACGCCACAGCCUACUCAAACACACACUCAUAGCCCGGGAUUAUGUUUCCAUUAUUUGCACAUCAAUUAAUUCCCAUAAUGACUUCUUCCGAUUGCUUGCCAGAAGCAGGCUAAAGGACCCUGCCAUGAUCCUGUCCCUUUGCCAUUCUUUGAAGGAGAAAGUGCGCCUCCGAAAUGAACAACAGCUGAACCAACUCUUGCCUGAAGUGGUUGCCGCAGAAUGCUUCCCACAAAGGUACUUCUGGCCCGAAAAUUGAUCCUUUAUAGACACCUUUCCUUUUGGGACAUAUUCGUCCUCCGUUGAUCUUUUUAUUGCAUUGCUUGUGGUUGCACAAUGUGGUUCAAUGGAUGAUGAUUGUUACACUACAGACACCUGGCCAUGGCUCGGGAUAAUUGUUAGAUUUAUUAACCACUUUUUGCAAACCCUUCGAAUUGUAUUAAACUGCAUACCAAGAAAUUGAAGAUAUGCUUGACAAAACAUGCAUUAUUUGGGGUUCAACAAGAACAGCUCACGGCGCAUGAAGAUAAUGUAGGCAAUUUCAUAUCAACACUCUACGGUUUUUCUACAUUGUUUGAAAUUAUUUUGUUACUUACUUGCAGUUUCUAAGCGGGACAUAGCAGAUAGCAGAUUACUUUCAACAACAAAACAACCUUAUUUCUCACAAAAACGCCCCCGAUAUGCUUGCUUAUUAUUUGGCGUACUUUCUUGUCAAUUGACCAGUCGAAGGGGUAUCCCAUACUGUGUUAAUUGCAAUUCAUUUCCGUUUUCGAUUCGUUCUAAACGAAGGCGUAUAGCUGUGUAAGAAAAUUUUAUCAUAGUUGUUACCACAACCUUCUACUAGGGACCAGUUUUGGAAAGUAAAUUACGGUUUGCAGUGUUAUCCAAGCUUGGCAUUUUCCGUGAGGCAUGUCGGGCUGUGUAGUGUUUAAAUAGCACCUAACAACUCUGUCUGCCUGAAGCAAACAUGAGCCGCUGGAUACGCUUUUGGCGUUCCAUUCAAUCAACAUUACAGCUCGGCUAUGUACUUACGCAGUUUUUUGUUCUCUGCAGAAACUAUCAGAACUUAUCAGAGAAAUAAAGCGAUCAUGUUUAGCCUUAUUUUCAUGAAAACUAGCUAAGCUUCUUCUGGCAAGAUCGUCUAAUUCCGGAUAAUUGAACGUACAUGCUUCACACCUGCAUUGGAAGAUAGGCCUGAAUGACAAGAGUUUUUGCCUCUGUCCCCGGUCAUGUCCUAAAUGGUUCAGCCUAUCUUUCAGGCAGAAUACUUAUAAAUAAUGAGUGAUUCGGUGACAAAAUUCGAUAGAAUUCACCAAAGUCUGUGUAUGAUACAGCUCGAUGCUCUUUUUUGCACUAAUUCCAAGGACUGUCAAUGAAGUCAAAGGCAUCCAAGAUGACCAAACCGAUUUUGGCUAAUACUUGACCUCGUUCCUACACAGUCCUUGAGCUGGUGCCUGAAAUCGAGUAAACAUUCCAGUGAAAAAUUGACCAUUAGGUAAAUAAAUUGUUGCUCAAAGCAAUCUGAUAACAAUGUCCCGCUUGGAAACUGCAAAAGUUGAAUGAAAUUCACCCCGAGCCAUGGCCAGGUGUCUGUAAUGUAACAAUCAUCAUCCAUUGAACCACAUUGUGCAACCACAAGCAAUGCAAUAAAAAGAUCAACGGAGGACGAAUAUGUCCCAAAAGGAAAGGUGUCUGUAAAGGAUCAAUUUUCGGACCAGAAGUACCUUUGUGGGAAGCAAUCUGCGGCAACCACUUUAGGCAAGAGUUGGUUCAGCUGUUGUUCAUUUCGGAGGCGCACUUUCUCCUUCAACGAAUUGCACAAGGUCAGACAAAUAGAGACAGGAUCAUGGCAGGGGUUCUUUAGGCUGCUUCUGCCAAGCAAUCGGAAGAAGUCAUUAUGGGAAUUAAUUGAUGUGUAAAUAGUGGAAACAUAAUCCCGGACUACGAGAGUGUGUUUGAGUAGGCUGCGGCGUGGUUCUGGAGAUUUCCGUUGGUCCAGAAGGCACACGAAGGUUUAGCUUGUUUGCUGUUUGUGGGACAUAAGUAAGAAGACAUUGAUCGAAGCAAAGGAGUCAGUAAAUUUUUAACAGAUUUAAAUUCCUGUUCUUCAGUGUCAGAAAACGGUAGCCAAUCGUUGAAAAAAGCUGCUAAGGCAAUCACUUAAUGUUCAAUCUCGAUUGUACGAUUUCGGAUAAUCAGCCGUACCGGCGAACUCGUUCGACGAGAAACAUUCGUCGCUCAUGAGUGGACAGGGUUGUACCAUUAGGUUGGCCAGUACACAAUCUAUACGGUUUUCUAAUUUUUGAUCUAGAGGGCUAUGAAAUGAGUGAAAAUGAGCGUCGCGGCGAACGUUCCCAGGAACGAACGAGUUCGCCGGUAUGGCUGAUUGUUACAUUACAGACACCUGGCCAUGGCUCGGGGUGAAUUUCAUGCAACUUCUAGGUUAACGUUGAAUUGCAGACCAUAAAGCUUCGUUGAACAAAAUGGAUUAUGAUCCAAUAAUCCAAGAAAUGGCAUUAUCUUUGGUGAUGCCCACCAAAAAAAAGAAAAAAUCUCGGUUUGAAACGAAUGUAAACAACCGCAUAUGCAAACACCAGGGUUUUUUUUUAUUAGAAUGAAUAUUCAUACUUACUAGCAGUUUCCAAGCGGGACAUCGUUAUCAGAUUGCUUUCAGCAACAAUUUAUUUACCUAAUGGUGAAUUUGUCACUCAAAUGUUUACUCGAUUUCAGGAACCAGCUUCUGCUUUGUUUACUCGAUCGACGCACAUCGAUAGAAUUUUGUGGAGUGGUUUGACGUUUUGCUGCAGUGGCACAUUCCAUCCAUGACGUCAUAUUGGGAGGCAUUCAAGCUCCCCAUGGAACGUUUUUUUUUUGCAACUUCCCAAAGGCGAAUCAUUUGGUGCAAGGCCACGGAGCCACACCUGUACAAGAAGUUAUUAGGCGCAAAGCCACGGGAGUGACAAAAUGCAGUUUUUUUUUGCAAAACGUGAGCUUGUGUCACUUUUUUAAGCUUUGUCACAAUUUCGUAACCUAGCAGCCAGGAAAAAAAGUUGACAAAAGUUGAUAAAAAGUGACAACAUUUGACGUUCGCGAAAAAGCGUAAACAAACAGCUAUUUGGCGCAGUUGUGACCCAUUGCUUUGAUAAUAAUGCUAAAAUGCAUGUUUCUAAUUGAUGUAUGCAUCUAUUUAGUACUUCUUAAACAACAUAUCGAUGAUAUUAAGAUGUUUGAGCCUUUUGUCGUUUUUGUGUAUAUUUUUGGUGCGGCCACGAGAAAAGCUCAUUUUUGCAGAUGACAAGCCAUUUUGACAAAGUUGAAAUUUUUUUCAACAUUUUGUCACCUUCGUGGCCACGCGCCGAUUCAUAUCACCACUUUGUAUUUUGUUGUGUCCGCACAAAUUAAACAUGAGACGGUGUGUACGGCACAAACAGAAUAUGUAUAUUUUAUCACUACUCUUUGGGAUCGUUAUACAAUAACACGUAAUAAAUAAUAACGCAUACACACACGCAAUGCGGGGAGAGGACGACCGGUCCCAAGGUGUAUGGAUAAUAGGAGGUGAAGUGCUUCAGAGCAAAUUGACAUUUCACGACUUGACAUAACAAUACUGGGGGCUCCGGUAUUAAAAUCGGGGAGGGCUGUAGGGGGGUAUAGAAAAUUGUAUGCGAUUUGACAUAACAAUACUCAAUGAUGGCGCCCGGAAAACGCGCUAACAAUUCACCUCCUUAAUAAAGACACCUUGGACCGGUCCUGCUCGCGCCGCGAUCCUCACUGAGGACGUCACAGGAUGACAGCCCUGAUGUCAACAGUGAGCCCUCAGGAAGAGGCAGCGGUCUGUCCACAACAUAUUUAUUAAAAUAUAUGUUUAUAUGUUAGCCGUUUCGUAAACCUUUUGCAUCUUCUUCAUCUCAUGACUUUUUACACGAUGUUGGUUUUUAUAUGAAAUUUUGUGAGCUAGAAAUAAUAUAAUAUUUUUUUCAAAAAAAAUCAUACAACGAAUAAUUCUUCUUCAUUUUGCAAUAUCGCUAAUCUGGUUUUUACAAAAUAAUUUAACGAUCGCUUGUUUGACCCUUGUUAAACCGUCUUGUGUACGACCAAAAAACUUUACGUAAUCGUACAACCGCCUACCCGGGUAGGCCAUACAUUUUGUAUGGAUCAAUUAUGUUUUUCGUGGUUAACAGCGUAUAUCUUUUGAAUUACUUGUUAGAUUGGAAUGAAAACUAUCUUAUAGGUUCAUAAUAAUGUUUUAUAACAUAUCGUAGGAAAAUUUGAAUUUUAAAAAUCCUAUCAAUAUUUUUUUCAAUCAAAAAUAUGUGCUAACUCUACCACCAUAACUGGCCAGGACCCAUCCCAAGCGCCACAGAUUAAGCUUAAACGACUGGAAAAUUGAAUAUCCAUAGAAAAAAAUGAAAGCCCCACAGCUUCAUUGGUUUGAUCAAUAUAUGGCGCAUUACAACUCAUCAUUAUAUUGCUAUCCUAUUCUUGCAAUGUGUUUCGACAAGUUUCAUCUAAUCAUGACCUAUAUAGCCUUCUCAUUUUCUGAGCAAAAACCCAUAUGAAUGGUCGUGUGGUCAGAUACGUGGGUAUCAACACCAACGACCAUUACUCAAAUCUCACUUGCUUCAGGUGCUUGUGGUUUCGGUUGGAGUUUAGUAUUUAAACAAUCGUAUCGCCGUUCUAGUUCUAGCGAUGUAUAACUUCAAUGCGAAACCAUACAACAGUACAGAGGAAAUGAGAAAGCUCUCCUCCAAGCGAUGAAGCUCAACUGGUUGGGGUAUCCCACCAACAGAGAGCGCCACCAGCUUUUCCGCUAUUUUUAGAAUGCAUGAGUCGUUUGCCGUCUGCUAAACGAAGUCUUUCUAUAUUCCGUUUAGGUAGAGAACUUGAGUCGUUUAGAAGCCGUUUAGUGGUCGUUUAGUGGAUUUGUGGCACUUGGGAUGUUUUAAGUGGAUGAUUAGUCUUUUUCUAUGUUUUACUUACGUUUCUUUCAAAAGUUAUAUACAUUUUUCAAUGGUUUUGCUUGUUGUAUAAAAAUAUAUGUUGACGAUCUAUAAAAUACAGUGGAGCGCCGUUUAUCCGGGCUUCUCGGGACUUGACCUCGCCCGGAUAAGCGAAAAACACGGAUAAUGAGUCAAAUGAUAUAUUUUAUCACCAAUUCCUGGUUGUUUUUUGGAAAUUUUUCCGACUUUUUGAUAAAAAUAAUACAGUUUUUAUUAACUUCAUGUUUUUCGAAAGAGAAUUUUUAAAAUUUACCAUGAAUUAUAGUGUUUUUUGUUAUGACAAUGUGCUAUUAUAACCGCUUUUUCAAAUAUCCUCCUCAUAACGCAAUGUCACUUUUGUAUUGAACUGUCAUUUCUCAACAGCACGGAUAAACGGAAAGCCGGAUAAAAGGUACCCGGAUAAACGGCGCUCCACUGUAUGCUCAUGAUGUUUUAUUAAAAACCGGCUCCGACCGGCUCCAGACAACUUCGGAACCUCCUCCACUCCAACCCAACGGAGCCGGCUCCACACCCACGGCUCCGAAGCUGAAUCCGCUCCAGUUACUCCGAAACCUACUCCGCACCAACGACUCCGCGCUCACGGCCCUGGAGGCAGUUUUUGCAGACCGGCUUUUUUUUACCAAAAAAAUCAUGUUCAAUAAAGUUUCAAUCGGGAAGAUCCAUAAUUAGCUGAGUAAAUAAUGUUGAAAGGAAUCUAUACAAAAAUCGAUAAGUGUUGAACAUUGUUCAACAAUCACACAAUCACAUCGGGUGUUAGCUUCUACACUUGCGAGAAGAUAGAUUCGUUUUUUACGCUAUCAUACAAUGCCGUCCCUAUUGAAACGUUAGUCCAGAGCCGUUGGUCCGAAGCCGUUGAUUCACCGCCGGCUCCGGAGCCAUUGAUUCGUCGCCAGCUCCGGGGCUGUUGAUGCGGACCCAGCUCCGGAGCUGUUGGUGUGGAUCCAGCUCUGGAGCCGUGGGUGCCGAGCCGACUUCGGAGCCAUUGGUGCGCUUCAAAACACCUAUCCCUAUUCGGCAGUAACACUAUGACAAAAGUAUGAAUGUGUGUGUUAACUUUCAGCCAAUUCUAUUCUUGUAGUGGUUAGUAUCAUUUUAAAAGAGAUUAUUUCAGUGUUAAAUUCAAAAUAUUGUUACACUGUAAUACAACAUUUGAAACAAAAAAAAGACAUAAGUAUCCUCUCAAAACAUGUGGCAAGGCCGGUUGGGGUGUUGGAGUUGCAGCACAUUUUUGAUUGAAAAAAAUAUUCAUAGGAUUUGUAAAAUUCUAAUUUUACAACGAUAUGUUAUAAAACAUUAUUGUGACCCUAUAAGACAAUUUUAAUUCAAAUCUAAGUAAUUCAAAAUAUAUACGCAUUUAACCAUGAAAAACAUGAUUCUUCCAUACAAAAUGUAUGGCCUACAUGGGUAAAUUAUUUAUAUAAACUUAAAUAAUUUAAAAAAAUAUUUAAACAUUUUUGAUAUUUUUUAUUAUUUGCACUUGGGUAGAAAACAUCUUUUCUGAGGCAUUUUUAAAAUUUGAUGUCGAUACGAUUUUUUAAUCCAAAGUUAUUUUGAAAUAAAGAUGCGAAACAUACCCGGGUAGGCGGUUGUACACAUGACGGUUAACGUUGCUGUUCAGAUUGUCAACUGGGUGUGCGGAUCGGAUCGCGCAGCUUUCCAAACGUCAACGAAUAAUUCCACCACAAAGAACAUUCUUUUGUGCGAGUUCAAAGAAACGUGUUCGAUUCGCAUGCUUCAUGAGGAACAGAACGCUUGAGUGAUUUAGCAAUUUUCAAUUACUAAACAGAGUGCAUUUGUUUUAUUUAGUGGCAGUAUUCAGUUUGUUCUGUUUGCCUUCUGUUGGCUAAAGAAUGGAGGAAGCUAUUGCGGCAUUUCAUGAAGGCAUGGACACGUUUUACGAACCACAGUCUGUGACAUGUACAGCAAAAAAUAAGCGUGUGUUGUUUGCAAAAAUGUACGAUACUUUCCUUAAACCCAGUAUAUUACAAGCAAAACUUAACAAUCUAAGUGCUAAAGAAACCAUCGAGUUCCUGGUCCCCAAAAUUCUAGAUUGGAUUCGUAACAAUUCCGUUCGUGAACAAUUGAACUUGCGCAACGAUGUAAAGGACAAUACCAAAGCAGCUCAGCUACGGUCCGAAGGAAAUAAAAUGUUUCACCCGAACGUGAAACGCUACUUCGAGGCCAUCAAGCUGUACAAUGAGAGCAUCGCCUUUUCCGAAAAAGGAUCGACAGAUAGGGCAUUGGCCUAUGCAAAUCGCUCAAACAUUUGUCUGAAGAUGCAACGCUAUGAAGACUGUCUGAAGAACAUUCGGCUUGCUCGUGAGUCAAACUAUUCUGGAGAAAAGUUGAAUCAACGCGAAAAAGAUGCCAAAAAUGCUUUGGCAAAGGCUCGGAACAAGAAUGCUUCAUCGAGCAAGUUUUCUCCGGAUGUGGUGGAAGAGCCCGAGCUAAGCUAUCCGGCCAAGGAGAAUGCGCCGCAAGUUGCCAACUGUCUGGAACUGCGCAAAAACGAAGAAUAUGGACGGCAUGUGGUGACCACUCGUAAGCUGAAGGUAGGCGAUGUCGUGAUGAUCGAAAGGCCGUUCGUUACCGUGCUGAAGGAUUCGUUCCGAUAUGUUCGAUGUGAUUUUUGCCAUGGCGAACGACCAUUCACAUUGAUUCCAUGCGAAGGAUGUACCGCGGCCAUGUACUGUUCGGAGGAAUGUCUGAGUAAAGCGUACAACAACUAUCAUCGAUAUGAUUGCGGGCUUUUACGAGACUUGUAUGAAGAUUUCGAAGAAGUUUCCUUGAUUGAUAUUCGCAUGAUAGCCAUUGCGAUCACAACCUUUGAUAAUAAUCCAGAGGCAUUGAAGGAUCAUCUCGAUGCACUGGAUGAAUCCAAUGUUAACGGGUUUACGAUGGAUUGGAAUCCAUCGCAACGCAACAAGACAUUUUCAACACGGUGCACGUGUUAACCACUAAUCAAGAACGGCGACACAGCAUGUUUGUUGCAAUGUUCAUCUUCAAUGCUACCAUCCUACAUACCCUUGUUCUGGAAAGAACAGAGCUGGGACCGGUGUGCGAAGCAAACCCUGCAACAAACAAGUUUUUACUAGAUUUGAUCCUGCGAUAUAUGCAAAUCGUGAAUUGUAACAGAAAAUUGUUGUCCUUUAAUGCGUACAAGGUGAAGGAAUACGUGGCUGAAUCAUUUGCAGUGGGUUGCUACCCAUUGAUUAGCAUGCUGAAUCAUUCCUGUGCUCCCAACGUGAAACGCAUCACUUUGCGCGAUGGGCGGUGUGCCGUUUUUGUCAUCCGUCCAGUUCUUGAAGGAAGUCAACUGUUCGAUAGCUAUGAAGCGGGUCAUACAUUGCAUGAACGAGAAAUGAGGCAAUCAAUGUUGUCAUUCACGUACAGCUUCCGAUGCACGUGUGAAGCAUGUACGUUCAAUUAUCCU